AUCAAUCGUGGUUUCAUCUUGCAGAAUUGUACAUUGUAGGACGUGGACUAUCCAAACCUAUUCAAAGUAUGAUUGGCUUCCACGUGAUCUUGAUCUUUACCAUUAGUCAGACAUUAGUUGCCGCUAUUCCAUUUCGACCAGGUGGCUCCUUUGCAAAUAUUGGCAACUUUUUGGCCCAAUUUGACGCCUCCACGGCCCCGUUGAUGCCCUGGCCAGAGACAACGGACCCUAGCCAAACCUGCCCCCCGGCUUCUGAUCCUAGUGAACGCGUGGUCAAAUCUAAAAUUCCUAUCCAAUUUCCCGACACUCCCGGAUGUUAUGAAUUUAAGACUCCAAACUAUGACACCUCUGGUUAUCCCUCAGCAGAGAAUGUGGCUUAUAUUUGUACCUGGGUAAAUUCGCUGCCUCGAGGAACAAAAGCUGAUGGGAGAAUCGAUGGCAGCACUUUCGAGCUGCAAGGCAUAGGUUCAAGUGGUUCAUGUGUUGAUCACCUUUCCAUGAAGAAUCUUGUUAACGAUAAUCCCGGUGACGACCAAGACCAAGACUCUGAUGACGAAAGAACCAAAUUUUGCGGGUCAUUAUCUAGCGACAAAAUCUUCACUGUGGAGAAAAGGACAUUCAACAUCCAAUUGAGGGCUAAUAGGGCCAGAGGUGGGAAAGGAGCCAGAAUCGUCCUUUGCUUUUGAUUAUGGGAUCCGACUUCAUGAGUAAUCGGUCAUUGGUCAAUUGUCAUGUGAUAUUCCUGAUUAGAAAUGAAUUUCUAUUUUAAGCAUAA